UCUGAGAGAGACUAUUUCGAUCCUGGUUCCAAAUCUAACAAUCGUACCAUGCACACAUCAUCCUAGCAUAUCCACAAACUACACUCUGCGUGGUAACCGAUUGGCCAUCCAACAGUGAACACGGGUCCUCCCCCUUCGCUCUAGCCGACUCCUCCUCAGCGAUGAUUUGAGGGAUAACUCGUGGGGAAAAGGCCGUCGCCUGGGGGUUUGCUGGGGAGGAGCGGAGAGCAGCAACAGAAGCGUCUUGGCAUCUUGGCGGGGGAGCGGGGGAGCCAACAGGAGAGAGGUGGCCCUCCAGCGGCGGACAGCUUUGGCUCUGAAUGCAGAUUUCUCCGAUUGUCUCGGUGGCGCGGAAGCACCAAGACAAGAUUUGAGCUUGCGAGAAACUCUGGUACCUACCUACCUACCUACCUACCCACCUACCCUUACCUGCCUACCCUACCUUGAAUCUUGUUGAUAUAUGAAGGGACCCCUUCCUCCCUCCACAGUCUGGAUAUUCCUCUUCAUCCUCUCCAGCAAAGCAGUAUCCAUUCCCUUCCUCGUGUGAAGAGUCGACAAGGACAAUAGACGAUAGACGACUGUACUCAGGGUACUUGUACGUACAUCUCGACAGGAACCCUUCGAUAACUUGAACUUGGACGACACGACAUCGCAAUCAUGGGUCUCCUCGAUAAGAUCGUUAAGAAUGACUCUAUGAAGAGGUAGGUCGAUAUAAGGUUCUCGUGGAUCAAGUCUCCCGAGCUGACUCCAUUGUUUUAGUGACCCCAAAGAGAUCUACGGAUGGAGGGUCUGGGUUCUAGCAGUAUCAGCUUGUUUCGGUGGUAUGUUGUUCGGUUGGGAUAUUGGUGCUAUCGGUGGAAUUAUGGUAUGUUCUCGCCUUUGUCCCCUUCUUCAAGGUGGACAUGUUACGACCUGCCGCAAGGACAUCCAUCUUUUGAUCUAGAAGAAUUAGCACUGACCUUUCUGAAGGUUAUGCCUCAAUUUAAGAAGACCUUUGGCCUUCCAGCAGACGAGAAGAAGACUGCCGACAUUGUCAGCAACGUUGUCUCGACCCUUCAAGCUGGAUGUUUCCUCGGUGCUCUGAUUGCUUUCUACAUCGCCGAUAAGUGGGGCCGAAGACCAUCUCUUCUCAGUGCUGCCGCAAUGGCCAUCUUCGGUAUCGUUAUCCAGACCGCCUCCUCUGGUGAGAUCGCUGCUCUUUACGUUGGACGAUUCUUCGCUGGUAUCGGUGUCGGAGCCGCAUCCAUGUUGACCCCUCUCUACGUUUCCGAGAACGCUCCUCGAUCCAUCCGUGGUGGUUUGACCGGUAUUUACCAGCUCAACGUCACCAUCGGUAUCAUGAUGUCUUUCUGGGUCAACUACGGUUCCCUCCAGCACAGCAAGGGAGACUCCAUCUGGCAGGUGCCUUUGGCUCUCCAGAUGCUUCCCGCUGUUUUCAUGCUUGUCGGUGUCUCGCUUUGCAACGAGUCUCCUCGCUUCCUCGCCAAGCAAGACAACUGGGAGAAGGCAACACAUGUCUUGACAACGCUUCGCAACCUUCCCGCCGAUCACCCAUAUGUUCGCAUGGAACUUGAGGAUAUGCAAGAACAACUCGAGAACGAGAGACGCAUGGUCGGUGGUGCUUCCUUCAUGGAUCUCCAGCGCGAGAUGUGGCUCAUUCCAGGUAACCGGAAGCGUGCUCUCAUCUCCAUCGGCCUCAUGGUCUGCCAACAGAUGACCGGAACAAACGCAAUCAACUACUACGCCCCUCAAAUCUUCAAGAACUUGGGUAUUGUCGGUCCAUCCACUGGUUUGUUCGCUACCGGUAUCUACGGUGUUGUCAAGGUCGUCGCCUGUGCCGUCUUCUUGCUCUUCGUUGCUGAUUCCCUCGGACGAAGAUGGUCUCUUCUAUGGACCUCGAUUGCUCAGGGAACUUGCAUGUUCAUCAUCGGCAGCUACGUCCUGACCAACCCACCCAAGGCCGGCGCUCCAAUCUCUCCUUUCGGAUACGUCGCUCUCGUCUGCAUCUUCCUCUUCGCCGCCAUCUUCCAAUUCGGCUGGGGCCCCGUCUGCUGGAUCCUCGUCUCCGAGAUCCCCACCGCCCGCCUCCGCGCCAUGAACGUCGCCAUCGCCGCCGCCACGCAAUGGCUCUUCAACUUCGUCGUCGCGCAAGCCGUUCCCCGCAUGCUGGUCAACGUCGGCAAGGCCGGGUACGGAACCUACUUCAUCUUCGGCUCCUUCUGCUUCUCCAUGUUCGUCUUCGUGUGGUUCCUCAUCCCAGAGACCAAGGGUGUCUCCCUCGAGAAGAUGGAUGCUCUGUUUGGUGUUGUUGAGGACCCGAAGUUUGCGGAUGAGGAGGCCCGUUCGUCGACUACUAAGGAGCCUAUUCAUAUCCAUGAGUCGACUGCGGAUGCUAUUGCUCAUGAUAAGAAUACGAGUGCGCAUGUUGAGCGCAAGUAGAGGGUUGCUUUGCUUGCAUGAUGGCUGAGUUUGGGAUUUGUUUUGGCUUUGGCGCUGUACAAUCUUCGAGUUGCCAGUAGAGGAGUUGUCGCCUCGCCCACCAGGCGUGGAAUUGUUAAUCGGUAUAAUCAUAUUGUCGUAGCUGGUUGUAGAUUCAUUCAAAUCUCAUGAGAAUAUGCUCCAGACUUACCCUUUUCAUUUCGUGCCAUCCCGUUCCAUCCCGUCUGCAGUAGCUCCCACCGCCACUCCCAUCUGGAGCUCGCUCUGCCUACAUGCUCAACUGAGCAAACUCUCAACCUGAGAACUUCCCAUCCUUACUUAUAUGUCCCUGAAAAGAUUCCUGCUUUGAAAUCCAACCCUCGAACCCUUCUCCCUGUGGAUCCUCGCAGUGGAGUUCAUGACAGCAGUAAACACUCCCCUCACGACAGCACUGGCUCGGCUAAAAAAAGGAGGUCGGGCGGGGUCCCCACCUCAACCAAGAACCCAAACCUGGAAAACAUCCAUCUCCACACUUUGACUAAGGCGCACCCACUACCAGAGCAUCUGUUGUGUCAUGAAAUUUGCAAAUUUGAAAUCGAAAUCGAAGUUCGAGGGAGGGGCAGAAACCAGCUGAGUCUGCAUGUUGCUAACGUCAGGAAGCGUUUUAGGGCUGCCAAGACGUUAGUAAAAUUUAGUAAUAUACAGACUGUCUAGUG